AUGUCCGCCAACGUCAAGCUCGUCGGCAAGCCCGUCGGCCCCAUCGGCUACGGCCUCAUGGGCCUGACAUGGCGGCCCAACCCGCAACCAGCCGAGGCCAGCUUCAAGGCCAUGGAGACGGCACUGGCGCAGGGCUCCAACUUCUGGAACGGCGGCGAACUGUACGGCCCGCCGUCGCGCCACUCGUGCCACCUGCUCAACGAGUACUUCAAGCUCCACCCCGACGACGCGGACAAGGUGGUCCUCAGCAUCAAAGGCGGCACGCUCCCGGGGUCGAUGAAACCGGACGGCUCGGCCAAGAACGUGCGCCGCAGCGUCGACGACUGCCUGGCGAUCCUGGACGGGACCAAGAGCAUCGACAUUUUCGAGUGCGCGCGCCUCGACCACGACGUGCCGCUGGAGGAGACGAUCGGCACGCUCGCCGAGCUCGUCAAGGAGGGCAAGAUCGGCGCCAUCGGCCUGUCGGAGGUCAAGGCGUCGACCAUCGAGCGGGCUCACGCGAUCCAUCCCAUCGCCGCCGUCGAGGUCGAAGUCUCGCUUUGGACGACGGAUGUCUUGCGCAAUGGUGUGGCGGCCACGUGCGCGCGGCUCAACAUACCGAUCGUCGCGUAUAGUCCGCUCAGCCGCGGUGCGCUGGCCGGUGAAACCAUCAGACGAAACGCCGAUAUCCCGGAGGGGGAUUUCCGCAAGAUCUCGCCCCGGUUCCAGGACGAUGUGCUCGAGUAUAACAACCAGAUCGUGGACGAGGUGGAAAAGCUGGCAAAGAAAAAGGGCGUGACCAAGGCUCAGAUCGCCAUCGCCUGGGUCCGGGCCCUCAGUGGACGCAGCAUCACUACGGAGGACGGGCAGCAGCUCACGCUGGGGACUAUCAUCCCCAUUCCCGGCGCCACCAGGCCGGAGCGGGUGGUCGAGAACACGAAGCACGUGGAGCUGUCGGACGAGGAGAUGAAGGAGAUUGCGGACAUUUUGAAGAAGAACCCCAUCAAGGGCGAUCGGUAUCCUAAGAUGGGCAUGGCUCACGUCAAUAUGUAG